UACAAUCGUAAGAAUUACUCUCUAUUCUCUUUGUAAUUUCUUCUUUAUUCUUUCUUUGCUCUGUAACAAUACAGACUUAAAAGGUCUAUUUUUAACAAGUAGUCCCCCAAUAAAAACAACUACUCUCGUUAAAACCCUAAACCACCCUAUUUUAAAGACCCAUAUACCUUUCCAGUGCGUCCAUUGCCGUUGCUGGAUAACCGUUUGCAUUUUGUCAGUUGUUGAAAAUGGUGGUGAGAUUAAGGUUAUCGAGGUUUGGAUGCAAAAACAAACCGUUUUACAGAGUAAUGGCUGCCGAUAGCAGGUCUCCUAGAGACGGCAAACACUUGGAAGUCCUCGGUUACUACAAUCCUCUCCCAGGUCAAGAUGGUGGCAAACGGAUGGGUCUUAAUUUUGACAGAUUGAAGUAUUGGUUAUCUGUUGGUGCACAGCCUUCAGAACCAGUUCAACGUCUUCUUUUCCGAGCAGGCGUAUUACCUCCUCCACCUAUGUUGGCUAUGGGACAAAAAGGCGGCCCACGGGACACUCGAUUAGUCGAUCCUAUGACUGGACGCAUCAUGACUUCUGAAAGUGCCAAUCCAAAAGUUGGUUCUGAAGUUGAUGAAGACAGAUUAGAAUCUGACUAGUAUUUUGUACAACUACAAUUUGAAUAUAUAGUUUUUAGUAUGUGAUGUUGCAGCGCUGAUGUUUGUUGCUAUGUAUCACUGUUUGAAACUUGCACUCUUAGGAUGUGUCAUCUUCAAAGAUGCCCUGAUCAUGUCUCAAUUUUCUCUCGUCUUCCUAAACAGAUAUAUUUUUAACUUAUCUAUGUUUAAAUAAAAAUAGAACCCCUUGGAUGUGAA